CAAAAAACACAAAUAAUUUUUUUUUUUUAACAAUACCGGCAAAACGAAAUUUCUAAACCAAGUUCUUCUAAAUCUUGAAACGCGCAUCUAACUCAAGCAACAGGAAGCAUUAGAGCCCCAGCAACGAAACGGAAUUGACAGCAACUCUCACAGAAAGGAAAGAAAGAAACUCGAGUACUUAAAUUCGAGUCGACCGUUCAACAAUUAGGAAGGUCAAGUGCAGUCGAGCAAGGAAACGCUGGACUUUGUCGUCGGUUAACAAAGGGAGAGGGCGGCGCAAAGGAGUUAAACAGCCCACGACAGACACACGAACAAGCUGUAGUUAUUCCAGAAGCUAUACUGUUGCCACACAUUUAUUGAACCCACUAAAUUUCGCGUAUCAUAGUAGCCUGUACGAUUGAAAAAAGCAUCCAUUCAAGUGAGCCAUCCAAAUUCGAGUAGUCCUGCUGAGGACACCCCACGCCUAAACGCGCUUCAACACUUCAACCCACAACUGUAAUCUAAUCGCAACACCACAACGGCAAGAAGAUCAGCAUCCGGAGCCGAAUCAAUAUGAAGCCUGAGCAAAUCAAUCGCAUAGUGCGUGCCAAUGGUGGACGACUGCCAAACUGGUUUUAUCGCCAGUCCAAUGAUUUGUACGAAAACACAAUAAGGACAUACAUCGACCGUGCUUCCUCACUCGGACCCUUCAUUCAAGAUGCACGUGAUCAGAAACGACAGGAGAAUGUGGCACCCGUGCGCGCCCUAAUCCAAUCGGAGCGUGAACGUCGGAACAAUAGCAGCAGUAGUAACUACGCUGGGGGUUACCCGCGCACCGCUAAGCAGCAACAGAUGAUGCUUCAGGGUCAAGUGACGGUGGCACCGUUCCAACGCAUGAUAAGCACCAGCCGCCGUCGAUCUGCAUCCGUUAGCAUGGGCGGCAUAACCAAUUAUGACAUCAGAGGCCAACCCAUUAUGAGUGCCAGCAGCUCCAGCUGCUCGAGUGGCAACCAAACCGAUGACUCGAUGAACCGCAAUCCAACUGAACUGACUAUGAGCAGUCUUGGGGCUCGCUCCCUGAGCAUGCCACCGCGUGCGACACGCAACAAAACUGUACCGCGACGAGGGCAAUCGGAGCCAAAUAAUCAUAUCCCGCUAGACGGUAUAAUACCGCCCGGUCGGCGUCAUCACAUGAACGCUGUACAAAAGUCUUCCAAUGCCGCCAAUCGCCACAAUUCCCAAAAUAGGGAGGAUAGCGAUGAGGACACUGAUGUCGACCAAUUGAUGGUCGUCGAUCAGGCGUUGCGUGCUCGUCUUGCCGUGCGCUUCGAUCGGCCUGUGGAGGAGGCCCAAAUGCCCCGUUUCCGUCUCGAGGGCAUCAAGGAGGCGCCGAGGCGUCAAGGGCCGGCCUUGCGGCUGCGAAACUUGCGUCGCGUCAAGGCCGAGAACAGUCUGCUGGUGGACCCCAAGCCAUUCGACUCCUUUGGCGAGCGCAUGCGCCAAUUCAACUACAUACAGUUUGCCGAUGGACCUGUCAAUACGCAAGUGUUCGAGCGGCGGCGGGACACGCGAUCGAUACAACAGCCCCAGCAUCAGCUUUCUCAGCGCAUGUCUCAGCCUAAUCUGGUGCAGUCGGAACCGGAACUACAAGAGCGACUGGAAGAGCUGACGGCGCGCACGCGGCAACGCAGCAUUUCUCUGGCCAGCUCCCACGUGCGAGACCCCACUGUGCAGCAGCUGCUGGCCAAUGAGUCGGCAUUAACAGCGACGAGACAGCAACGUCGCAACCGAGGCGGCUCCAAACAACGGCAUGAUGAUCGGCAACGAACGGACUAUGCCAACAGAGACUGGAGUCCUGAUGCUCCCGAACGUGUGGGGCGGCAACAGCGGCGUGAGGGGCGGCAACAGCGGCGUGAGACCCAGCAGCAUCAGCUGGGGCUGCGCCGCCAGCUCCCGAUCGAGCACCGACCCUAUCAAGAACCUCAACAGCAGCAAUUACAGUUACAGCAGCACAUGCAACAGCAACAGUUGUUGCAUUUGGACCGCCCCCGCAACUUUGCAGAGGUGGCCAAUGGCGAGAGACGUCCAUCUAUGCACUCCCAGAGCCAUGUGCCACCCAUGAAGCCGCAAUAUGAGGGACACGGCAAAGUUCACAAGCACAUAGCUGUCAGCAACACGCCCAGCAGAAGCGCCCUCAAAAAGAAACAAGCCAAACAGCAGAUGCUCAAAGACAUGGAUCCCUACAAGGCGGACACAACCAACAACCUAAGUCGCUCCAGUCGUCAAUCCUAUAUGCAGAGAUCGGCUGGCCCCAGCAGCUCACGGCUCAGCAUCCGACCACCACAGGCUAAGCCCAAGAAGCAACAUAAGAGCUCGGAGCUAACCGCCACGUCCAGCAGCAACUUGGCACCCAACCAAUUACUCCUCUCCAGUGCCUCCAAGGUUUCAGCAUUCAAACUGGCCCGCAAAACCCAACAGAAACAAGAGAACGCCGAGCUACUGCAUCAGCAGGCGCAACAGUUGCAGCAGCAGGCCAGUGAACUACCGUUGCGCCGCUAUCAGGCAGAGUCCAACGCAUCCGCAGCCCAUCCGAUCAGAGCAGAGCAGAGCUCGACCACGCCAUCGUUGCAAGUCUCCUCGCAUCGCAAUGCCAAUGCAACGGCACGUAAAUUUGAGUCGACGUCGCCGGCGCCGACUGCACGCAGCAGCAGCCUUACAUCCAGAACCACCAGCGCGAGCGGCAGCAGCAGCUAUAGCCUCAAGCUAAAGAUGAACAAUAAGGCUAAGGCGGGCGCUGACAAACCGACCAGUAAGCCGAGCAGCAAACAGCCAAAGAUUAAGCUGAUGGUGCCACCAAUUCAGCCACCAGUUCCGCAAACACUUCAGGGCUCCCAAGAACAGCAGAAGCAACUUAAGAAGCAGCAGCAAGAGAAUCAGCAGCAACAGCAGCUGAAUAAAUGCAGUUUGCCGAACAAAUCACAGACCGCUCGCUCCCAGCGCAAGACCUUAACUGCCGAUACUGAGCAUCUGGAGCAACCGGGUAAGAAGAAGCAAUUGUCGCCACAGCAACAGCAUCAGCAACAACAGGAACGUCUCAUGCACGAGCAUCUGCAACAGGAGGAGUCAGAGCUGGCCGAGCUGGCACAGAUGCAGCCGCACCAGCGCAAGCUAUGGGAUUUGACGAAAUCCAAGCAGACCGCCGAAGAGCAGCAAAAGCAGCAGCAGCUGCUGCAGCCACAGCUACAGUUGCAAGCGCAGCAGCGAGAGCGUCAGGGACAGGAGCAUCAGGGACAGGAGCGUCAGGAACUGGAGCGUCAGGAACUGGAGCGUCAGGAACGAUCACAGCAGCGUGGACGACGCCAGGAGACACAGAGCUCGGCACGCUUGGUCUACACUCGCGAGUCGGCCAGUCAGAUGCACGCAACGCUGCCACCUCGCGACGAAGCGGAUGCUAACCAGGAACAGCGGCAACAUAACCAGUAUGUGCAUAGGCGUGCAUGGCAUCCGGGCUUUUAAGCUAAAGGCCAUAACCGUGCCAUACAACAACACCAAACACAACCUGACACCAAUCGAGCAGCACUCAAAGGAGAGGUGAGACGAAUUGCAGAGACACAUUGGAGGACACAAAUCAGGAAGCCUAUGACUUGACUUACCUAACCGGACGCGACUACGGGAGAACCCCUUCAAAACAAAUCAACUAGAAAUUCAAAAAACAAUCUGUUUUUAAAAACUCGACUUAAAUGAAGAAGUGGCUAUCCCAUACCGGACAGUAACAGAUAGGGAAUGAGUGCCUAACAUGAUUAAAAAAAAAGAGAAGAAAACUCUUCCCUUAAUAACACGGACUUGACCCCCACCGAAUGCGACUGAAGGAUAUUUAAAAAAAAAAAAAAAAAUAAUCAUCUACCCCACACCGGCAAUGACCAACGGAGAGCCCCUAAGUAUACGCUGGCUGCAUGAAAACAGGAUUCCUGAACCAACCAGCCAGCAUGCGAUCUUAGGAGUGCCCCCAAACACAAACACCUCGAGUUCCCAGUGGAUACAUUUCUAUCGAAAGUAUUCCAAACUGUCGGUAACCCCACUCGCCAACGGAUGCGUAUUGCAGUGACAAACAGUGCGUCCGUUUUGUUUUCGUUUUCAUUUCUAUGUAAGGCCUCCUCAUCAGCGGACAAGCAACGGCAACAACUACAAUUACAAUUACAAUUAUAUGUGGAAUUGCAAUUAGAUGGCAGUUUGUACACACACACACACGCAUUCACAGCGCAAAGGAAACAACCUAUUUCGUAGCAGACCUAACUGUUUUGUGUUUAGCAAACUGAAUCACCUACACAUACAAAUAACAUAUAGUACAUAUUAACAAACAACAUUCCGCAAAUAAAUUGUAUUCCAAAUGAAAAUGAAACAACAAAAA